GUAAAGAGGCCUAUGCAUGCGCGCGACGGGCGGAAGACCACGAAACACGGGAAGUGACGUCAAAUGACGGUCUCCGGGCUACACCGAGCAGAUCUACAAAACACCGGCGACAGGGAACUCCUCCGCCCUUGUUGUGGAUGCAGCGCUGCGGACAACACGUCAGUCCCAUCAGCCUCGGUGAAGACUCGUGCAUCUGAUCACCUGCGGCCCGACGCUCUCGAAAACUAAAUAAAACGUUGUCAUAUGACUGUACGGAAGUAGAGAGGCGAGCUGCGACCUAAGAUCCAAACAAGACGACAAGAUGGCAUCUCACCCAGGAGGAGACGACCCAGGAAAUACCAGAGAUCAGAUACUGGAAGUGGGAACUGUUUUGCUCAAGGAUUUUAUCUACAAGCGGGUUCAGAGACACGGAGACAGCAAUACUUCAGUGACCAGGGCACAGCUGGGUGGAGGAGAGCUGUGUAACCCGAACCACAAGAAGCUCGCCCAAUGUCUGCAACAGAUCGGAGACGAGCUGGAUGGAAAUGUAGAGCUCCAGAGGAUGAUAAAUAACUCCUCACUCAGUCCCACUAAGGAAAUGUUUAUGAAGGUUGCCAUCGAGAUCUUUUCGGAUGGAAAAUUCAACUGGGGCAGGGUGGUCGCACUCUUCUACUUUGCCUGUCGACUUGUCAUCAAAGCUCUUGUGACCCAAGUUCCGGAUAUCAUUAAAACCAUCAUUAGCUGGACCAUGGAUUACCUCCGUGAAAAUUUGAUCAGCUGGAUCAGGGAGCAAGGUGGCUGGGAUGGUAUUUGUUCCUACUUCGGCACUCCUACAUGGCAGACAGUGGGAGUUUUCUUGGCUGGUGUUCUCACCACUGUUCUUGUCAUUCGAAAGAUGUGAGGUUUAUAUGAAAAGCAGACCGUAGAAAGAGAGGAGGGACUACGACUUUGGGAAAUCGGGACAGGAAUGAAAACACGAAAGAACAUUGGAAGGACAACAUAGAGAAAUUAUGGCUGAACAGGAAGAACUUGCUUUUUGGACAAGGAGAACAACCUCUGCCAUCCAAUCAUGUCUAUGGAUUUGGAGUUUGACUGUACGCACUGUCCUGCCCAUGAUUCCUAUGCCACUGUGGAAAUGAGCUUGGCAUAAACACAUGCACAAAAUGUGGUGGGUAGAGAGUUUGUCAGACCUUGGGAAUGCAAUUUUAAGUAAUUUAUUUUUUAUUUGGUACAGAUAAAAAAAUAGUCACUGCAUACAGUUUCCUGCCUGAGCAGAUAUAUGGACUGAAAUGUUCUCAGUAAUUCCUUUAUCCAUUAUUUUCAUAGUUGUAUUAUUUUGGUUCUGUUCAAUUUGCUUUUCUGAUCUUCCAGCUCUCCAGCCAUCUCAUUCAUCAUGGUGUCUGUAUCUUAUGAAUUCUACCAAUCUUCUCAUGUAUUUGUGGGUGUUUACUGGUGUAAAUCUGUAGUGAUCUGCUGGCAAUAAGAGUGUUAGAGGCUGGUCGCAUCCAAUCAAGAUAGAGAUAUUUUUGCAAACAACACUCAGAUUUAACAGUCACAUAAUCUAGAUAAUUAGAACCGGAACAGCAUUCAGUAGAUAACAUACCUCCGCCAUUGUCAAUUAAAUGUAGCCACCCAAAACUGCACAUGGUCAGAGAUAGCAGUCCCCCCAAUAUGCUUGUUUUUUUUCCCCAUCGAGGUGCAUGAAUUUUCCUCAGAUAUUGGUGAAAAGGUUAAAAAAAACGUCUUUGUCUCGCAAUGUUUAAGAAAGUGGAAAAAAAUCCUGCAUCUGCCCCUAUGUCUGGAUCCUCGCUAAAAUGUAUUGUCUCAGCCUUCCACCAAGUUUUGUGGAAAUCUGUUCAAUAGUUUUUGCAUUAUCCUGCAGACAGGAGUCAAAACAUCACCUCCUUGGAGGAGGCACCAAUUGGUUUGAAACAACUGUAAGUAAGUUUUCCCUCUUUCUACCAAUGAAGGCACAACUUAGCCUUAUUUCAGUGAAAAAGAAAAGUAACACAACAUAAGGGAUUUGUGUCAAUAGUCAUGAUCUCUAAAAAAUGACAUUGAAUCACAAUUCCUGCCGGUGUUAUCUAUUGACUUAGGGCAUUUCAACCAGCAUUAUGAUCACAAUGUGGCUCCCAGUAAGAUGACAUUUUAUUUCCAGUUUAUACUGAUGCUUCCUGAAUUCAAAGGAAGACGUUGCACUGCAGCCACAGAAAGCAAUGGAUCGCUCACAGAUACUUACCUCACUUUAUACAUAUUCUGAGUACUGUAUUGUUAACUGAGUUCUUAGAUCUGCAAUGUUCUCGACACAGCAACAGGCUUUUUAUACAUUUUUCUUGUUUGUCAGUGCCUUGGUGUUUUUUUUAAGUCUGGAAUCAAUUUUGAUAUUCUCAAAUUUUCACAGUUUUCUAUCACAUUUGUAAAAGCUUAACAUUACUUGGAAGUCUCCCUGAAAAUCUUUUUGCAGUGACUUUGUAUGUUACAAUAUGGAAAAUAAAUCUUUUAACUGUUA